UAAGUCCGCCAAUAGAAGGCUGAAGGCCCUCAACGAUUCGACACUGGAAUCCACAAGACACCGAACUCAUUCGAAAGCGAGGGAUGGUAACGAAGGCGCUCCCGCGCUGUCCAAAAUCCGAGAUUUGAAUUUUCUCUCUCUCAUUCUGUUCCUCUGCCGCCAAACUUUUUGGGUUUUGAAUCCCAUUACUUAAUUAAUUCUCCGCCGACCGCCAUCAUGGAUUCGGCAACACCGUCUGGGGAAGACGACGACUGGGAGCUCUGCAACGACGAUGGCUUCGUCUACAAGCGCAAGAAGCGCCGUCUAGACCCUGAUGCCGCGGCAGUGGCUCAUGUCUCAUCUGCUACGGAUGUGGAUCACUUGGCAGCGUUGCAGCAACGGAGAGAGCGCAAGAAGCGGACCUUGUUAAAGCUUAAAGAUCAGUACCAGAGAGAGCUCGAACAGUGGGAUCUUUUGUCGAGCACCUUGCAUGCAAUGGAGGAGCGAACCAGUCGGUUUCGGCAAGAACACGAACGGGUGCCGGAGCAAACGGCGCCUCUUGUUUCCCAUUCUCCAACGACGAAGGGGAAGGCUUCUGUCGGUGGGUCGCUGGUUGACGAGCUGCUUUUGCAGGUGGAAGCCCAAGAAGCAAUUAUUCAUGAUAUAUCAAAUCUAUGUGACAUUGCAGAAGCAAUGUGCCAUAAACAAGAGCAGCAGGUCAAUCAGUCGUUGUUUGAUCUUCCGAUCUGGGCCUCACCGAAUGAGCUCAUGCAAUUUCUAUGUGAUGAUUAGAUGAGUUUCGUCUGUGCAUUAUUCUCUUGUGGUAGUGAAUGGUAAGUUGAGAGGAUGGUCUUCCACUGUUCAAGGAUUGCACUUGGUUUCGUUGCUCCAAGAUUUUGUGAGCUCGCCUUUAUGGCAAAUUGGUAAAUAUUGUAAUGAAUUUAUUUAAGGACACGUAUGGCUGGAGUAAUCCCAUUCGACUGACUAUCUGAUGAACUGAAAUGGGAGGACAGUCAAUUUCUAGAAAGAGCGGGAAGACAGCCUCUCCAACGUCUUCAUUGAAGCAUGAGUGUCGAUUCUGUAGUAUUGUGAUUGUAUAUUUUAGCAUGUAGUUUAUUAAUUUUUUGAAUCUAUAAUCAUCUUUUUUAGGCCCAACGGAAUCUAUAACUAUCUUGAUUACAACAAAGGUUUUGUA